GUUAUUUUUAGCUGGGCUGCUCCUCAGCCCAUAGGUGGUAUGGUUUCAUGGGAAAAUGGGUCCAGAUGCAACUCUUUACCUGCCUGCGUUGAGUCCAGCACUCAGAACAGCGCUGGAUACUGAGUAGCCCCAGAUCAAUCCUUGUUAAAUGACAUCAGCCACAGUAAGCCAUUUUUCCUCACAAGGACUCAGUUUUGCCAUCAUAAAGUCAGGAAAUUGAGUUAUAUGCUUUCCAAGGGACCCUCCAUCCUUAGAAUUCACAUCUCUGUCCAGCUCCCUUGGAAGCUCUUGCUGUAAGAAGGGGUGAUCUCAUAGCCAGUGCUCGUGUCUGGAUGUGAGGCUGCUCUGCUUUGGUGCCUUCUCCCAUUUUCAGCUAUCUUCAAGGGACAGAAUGAUCCCACGGUGGCCACAGGUGAUUCUACACUGCUCUGGUUGCUGUGGGUUUUCCCUUUCUGACCCCAGCCCUCCCCCUCCAUGAGUGAGCAGGUGGGGAGACAUCUAACCUAGCCCAGGUGGGAGAUGCUGAGGUCCUAGUAAUAAAAACAAUAAUAGUAACAGUAACAACAAUAACAGCAGCUAACAUUUAUUGAAGACUUACUUUGAGCCAUGUGCUGUGCUGAGCACUGUACACACAUGUUAUUUAUUCUGAAUGCCAACACUAUGAGGUAGAAACUAUUAAUAAACCCAUUUCAUGGACUCAUGAAAGUAAGGCCUAGAGAGAGGAUUUUUCCCAGGGUUACACUGCUAGGAAGUAGCAGAGACAAUGCAAACACAGGGCUUUCUGAAUCCAGAGCAAAGUGACCUCAAGGAGAGGAUCCAGGGUAUCCACUAAGAACGGUCCAGGAAGAAUCCUGCUUGUGCAGAAGUGCUGCCCAGAGCUACAAUGGAGGGGGAGGCGGGGGAGGCACCAGGGCUGGGCAGGCCCGCUGCUUCCAAGGACUUCCACUUUCAUCACAUGGAUCUGUAUGACUCUGAAGACAGACUGCAGAUCUUCCCAGAAGAAGACACUAAGAUGAGAAGAGAAGUAGUUCAAGCUGAAAUGACCAAUGAGCCAAGAGAGUCCAUGAAAGGGAAGGCUCAGAGAGACCUUGGAGAGGAAGUGGAUGAACUUGUCCAUCUAUAUGGACUUGAAGAUGAUCACGAAUUAAGGGAUGAGUUUACUGACGAAAGCAUGCCCAGAAUAGAGGUUUCAGAAUAUCCUCCUUAUAUGAUGACAGGGAGAGAGCCACUGAGGGAGCAGAGAGACUGGAGACUUAGUGGCGAGGCUGCUAAGGCUGAGGACCUGGGCUUCGGGGCAUGGGGCUCGGCAGGCCAGUGCCAGGACUUGCGGGAAGCCUAUAGGUACACCCACGGCCAUGCCAGUGAGGAGUAUGAGUGCUACGUUAUCCCAGAGGAGGAGGACGAGGAAGAAGCUGCCGAUGUCUUCUGUGUCACUUGCAAAACUCCAAUAAGAGCCUCAGAGAAGGUUUUUGAUGAACACAAGGAGCAUGAGGUGACCCCGCUCAGUAAAGCACUGGAAAGUGCCAAGGAUGAAAUUCACAAAAACAUGUACAAAUUGGAAAAGCAGAUUAUCGAGAUGGAAAAUUUUGCAAGUCACUUGGAGGAGGUUUUCAUCACUGUGGAGGAGAAUUUCGGAAGACAAGAAAAAAACUUUGAGUCACAUUACAAUGAGAUCUUGGAAACACUUGCUCAAAAAUACGAAGAAAAAAUACAAGCUCUAGGGGAGAAAAAGGAAGAGAAGCUGGAAGCCUUGUAUGGACAGCUGGUCAGCUGUGGAGAAAAUCUUGAAACCUGCAAAGAACUGAUGGAAACAAUAGAGGAGAUGUGUCAUGAAGAGAAAGUUGAUUUCAUUAAGGAUGCUGUGGCUAUGGCUGACAGACUUGGAAAAUUCCUGAAAACAAAAACAGAUGUGGAAAUCUCGGCGCAACCUGAAUUUGAAGACCAGACCUUGGACUUCUCUGAGGUAGAGGAGCUUAUGGGCUCUAUUAACACCAUCCCAGCUCCUUCUGCUCCAGUGAUAAACCCACAGGCCCCCAACUCAGCCACAGGUUCCUCAGUCCGAGUGUGCUGGAGCUUAUACUCCGAUGACACCGUGGAGAGCUAUCAGCUAUCCUACUGGCCAGUGCAGGAAAGCUCGUCUGGGAAGGACCGAGCAGAGUUUACGAUGACGGUUAAAGAAACAUAUUGCUCAGUGACAAACCUUGUGCCAAAUACCCAGUAUGAAUUUUUGGUCACAGCUCAGAACAGGGCUGGCCUCAGCCCCGCCAGUGAGUGUGCAGUGUACAUGACAGCACCUUGUCCCCCCAUUAUGAAAAGCAAAGAGAUAAGGAGCUGUGAAGAGGCUGCGCUGAUCAGCUGGGAGUCUGGGAACCUGAACCCUGUGGACUCAUACACGGUGGAGCUGACUCAGGCAGAAACGCCGGGAGCCUCGGGCGUAACUGAGUCUGUUGUGGGUAUCCCCACCUGCGAGUGCCUGGUGCAGCUACAGCCCUGGCAGAGCUACACCAUCUACGUGCGAGCCCUCAACGUGGGGGGCCCCAGCGCAAGGAGCGAGCCUGCUACAGUCCACACCACAGGCAGCUACUUUCGCCUGAACGAGCACACCUGCCAUCCCUGGCUGACCGUUUCUGAAGAUGGGCUUACAGUGGUACGCAGUGAGGGGAAAGCCCCCGCCAGGGAGCCGCUCCCCAUCGACAACCGCUUUACCAGGUGUGUUGCUGUGAUGGGAAACCUAAUUCCAGUCCGAGGGCGCCAUUACUGGGAGGUGGAGGUGGACGAGUGUUUGGAUUACACGGUGGGUGUGGCCUUUGAAGAUGUCCCUAAACAGGAAGACCUGGGAGCAAACCGCCUCUCCUGGUGCAUGAGGCACACAUUUGCAUCAUCAAGGCAUAAGUACGAAUUUCUACACAACAAGACGACUCCAGAUAUAAGGAUAACGGUUUCCCCAAGGAAGAUUGGCAUUCUAUUAGACUAUGAAAAUUCAAAAUUGUCAUUUUUCAACGUGGACAUUUCUCAGCAUCUGUACACGUUCAGUUGUCAGCUUCACCAAUUUGUGCAUCCCUGUUUUUCUUUGGAAAAGCCUGGAUGUCUAAAGAUACACAAUGGCAUUUCAAUGCCAAAGUGCGUCACUUUCUAUUAGACCAUUCUGAUGCCCAGCUUCCUGUCUCUCUUCUGUACCUACCCCUCUCCCAGCCACUCACACCUCAGCUGCCUGAACUUGGCAUUCAAGCACCAUGCACCCAGCUCAUCAUUUAUGGUUCAUGUUAUCUGCCAGACUGGUGUGUCGGCAUUCAUUUCACCUGACUUGGAUCCUGUGUGCUGCCACCUGUGUGAUGCUAGGUUAGUCAGUUCUGGUUGUAAAAUGAAGGCUCAGACUAAAUGAACUCAAAGGUCUUUCAGGUUGUCAAACUGUAUUGGUCUAUCUGUGUAUAUGCAAAGUAUCUGAGUCCCCAAGUCCUACAGAGCUUGGGGGAGAAGGAGGGAAGAGAUACAUAAGUGUUAGUGGCUCCAGCCGCCCCAGCACUUGUGACACUUCAUUAGUCAGCCAAGAACAGGCGUAAGAAGGCAGGAGGCCACCCACAAAGAGAACUAGGGAAGCCACGUGCCAUGCUCAGCAGCCUUCUCCUCUCCUGUUUUCCUAGUAGUCAGUGGCACUCCGGUGAGGUUUCUCCCACCGAACACUGCUUCUAAAAACCUGCUCUUCUCCUUCAUGGUACUUACCCUCUUUAAUUUUGAAAUGACCUUUGUAACACCUAAUUCCAUGAAGGCAGGACAGUAUCUGUCUUGUUCAUCAGUCAAUCCCCAAGGGCUAAAAUGUGCACACCAAAUAUUUGUUUCAUCCAGCCACUGCUCUUUGGCCUCUCACUGCUCUCCAUGUGAGGGCUGGCAGGGCUUGUUCAAACUAUAGCAGAAGA